AUGUCCAAACAUUGGACUAAACCUUAUAAUAUAUGGCUGAGAUGCAUCAGGGGAUCAGAAAACUGUCUAUUAUAUGAACUUCAAUCAUUUGGAAUCAGCAAUAAUCUGUUAAUCAAAGACCGUGGAGGGAUAACAUUCUUGAAUGGAACUAUACAUCAGCUAUACUUCUUGUCGUAUUUUUCCAGGAUUUCUACCGGAAUCUUCAUUGAAGCUGCAAAAUUUCAAAUUGUAGACAAAGAUAGUUUUCGUAAAGGAUGUAACGACGUCAACUGGCUUGAAUUCAUUAACACAAAUAAUACAUACUCUAUAAAUUGUAAGGUUUCAGGUAGCAACCAGUUUAUAAAUUCUAGGAAAUACGGGUCUCAGCUAAUUAAAGAUUGUAUUAACGACUAUUUUAGAGAUUGCCUAAAUAAACUCCCUCCGAAAUUGGAUUUAAAGAAACCAGAAAUCAAAUUUGAACUACAUAUAAGUGAUUCUUUUGGUGCAAAACUAUUUGUAGACGCAGUUGGUACAUCUUUAUCAGCAAGAUCAUACCGAUAUAAAACAAAAAUAUCUGAUAUAGAUCCUACUCUGGUCUGCUCACUUCUUUUUGAUGUAGGCUAUUUCUCAUUCUCUGAAACACCUUUUCUCAUCGAAGAAUAUUCUAAGAUAUGCACCACAUACUAUAAUACACUAUCUGAAGACAUUGCAUCUUUACUAGAUAAUCGCAGUUUUCAACCACCCGAUUCUAAACACGAAAACAAAACUAUAGUUGACUUAUUUUCCGGAUCUGGAACGUUUUUGAUAGAAUCAGCAUUAUAUUUUGCAAAAAUUCCUCCAGGGUCGCACAUAAAAUCAUUUUCAUUCCAAAGGUUUCCAAUUUUUGAUGAAAUGGCCUUUUGUCUACUCAAAGAGUAUUCAACAUAUAAAAAAAUUAAACAAGGCUCCCCAGAAUGGGAAAUACUAAAAGGUAACUUCAUUGGAAUAGAGAAAGAUUGGGAAAAGUUGGAGAAUUUAUUGCAUUCAGCUAAAAAUGCUGGAAUAAUAGAACUUCUAACUUUGAAUCAGGCUAAUUAUUUGAAGGAUGGUCUAGCAGAUUGUAUUUCCAAUAAAUUCAUCCCAAAAAAGUGGGAAUAUAUGAUUCUACAACUUCCAAAAAUGUUUGAUAUUGAAGCUUUAAAAUCUAAAACAUUAAACCAACAAGUUCCGAAUAUGGUGGCGUUAAACCCCGAUGGAAAUGUUACCUUGAGACAGGGCAUGAAACCAGCUAAUAAAAACAAUACAUCUCCAGAAAGAUAUUAUAAACUUCUGAAAAAUUUGUCAAAAAUUAAAAACAAAUUCUUUGCAUCAACAGUCAAAAUGGUUUUAGUGAUGCCUUCAGUAAUGAAUAGGUCUGUAGUGGAAGAUGCACUAGGAAACAAGUUAUACGGGGGAAAAAAAAUAUUCAAUAGAGGUGUUGAUAGUGUUUCGUACUAUACAAAGUAA